CAGAAGAAGGACGUGCGCAUGCUGCGCUUCAUCCAGGAAGUCAACACCACCACGCGCUCCUGUGCAUUAUGGGACUUGGAGGAGGAGACCGAUUACAUUGUGCACGUGCAGUCCAUCAGCAUGAGUGGGCCCAGUCCACUCAGCGAACCCCUGCGCUUCCGCACGCCCAAGGAGGCCGAGACUCUGGCCUCCAAGAGUAAAGACGAAGUGACCAUGGAGGAGGUGGGCCAGACCACUCAGCUGAGAGCGGGGGAGCUCAUCAUCAUUGUGGUGGUGCUCAUCAUGUGGGCAGGUGUGAUCGCCCUCUUCUGCCGCCAGUACGACAUCAUCAAAGACAACGAGCCCAACAACAACAAGGACAAAGCCAAGACGUCCUCAGAGUGCAGUACUCCCGAGCACCCAACAGGGGGGCUGUUGCGCAGUAAGGAUGCCAGGAACCCCAGGAACAACAACAACAACAACAGGACGCCAUCUGUCAACAUCAUCGAGGUGUGACACCCAGAACACCAAACUCCAAAACUUUUUUUUUAAACUUUCAAAAACGGAGUGUCUGCUCAAACAAAGCUAAGCUAAAGGCCCGCUUCAUGCCCAUCUGUUUGUCAGGAUGAAGUUAGGACUGUGGGCAUUGCUGCCACCUAACUGUGCCCACCACCAGUCCUUUGGCACAGUGCCCAGCUUGGAGCCUGGCACCCCAGACUGUCUGGUGCCUGGCAGAGGACAGGUGACAGUGUUGGAGAGACUGUGUCUGAGGUUUCUACCUGCCUGCAUCCUCCACCAGCCUUAUCACUGCCAGCAGGCUACGGGGGGAGAGAAGGGCCACACAGGCCCAGCUGGAGUUGAUGCAGGCUGGGGGGAUACAGACAACCAGGGUCAGAGACCCCCUCCUCUCUCUCAGCGUGUUAGCCAUGAACAGGAACACGCCGCGAGGGGGUGUGCACGUGGUCGAGGCUGGAGCACUGAUGACAGUUGUCUGUUUUAAUGAACUCCCACCUGCUCCACCUCCGUCAGGACCACCACGACCUUGGUUCUAUCCUCCUAUCUUCCUCAUCUGAUCGAUUUACUGUACAGCUUAGACUGGAAACUCGCCUUUCCACGUAGCUACUUGGGUCAUGUUAUAGCUGUCAUGUACACUGUGGAUAUUGUGUUUUCACUGCCUGUCACUUUGUCGUACUAUUUUUCUCUUUAUCGCUCGCGGUUUGAGAAGGACAACCCUGAGGUAGUGUAGGUCUCUAACUGCAAAGGUAUCCAUUUUAUACAUCUCUCCCUUAGUCUCUUUCUUCCUGCAGCAAAAAAAUAUUUCGACAUCCCCCGAGAACGGUUUUCAUUCCGAGCGCUGGGUUCCGUCUUGGGGGAAUCCAGAUAGCGGGAGGCUAAUUUAGGAGGGUGUGAGGCGCGGUGGUGGCAGGAACGGCAGAGAGGGAUCAAAAGAUGACACCAGACAGACACCAGUGGAGCGGGAGACUUUAUUCAUCUGAGAAUCAAAGCUUGUUAACUCUGACAGCGGGGAAGAUGAGGAACACUUGACGGAAGAAUCUGGUACCUAGACAGUGCUCUUAAUGAUGCAGAACCUUGAUUUGUAUAUUUGUGUAUGUUCCUUUUUACAUCCACUGAUCCCUUACAAAUAGAAGACUUUCCUUUCUCUUGUUUGUGACCUUCUACACUGAUAUGUGUUACAGUACAUACAGUCAUAGCCUAUACAUGUACAAAAAAUAUAUAUAUUCUAGACAUGUAUACUUUUCCUCAGUUGACUCGUCUUCACCAUCACACUUUGAAAGGCGUGACGCUGUGCCAUUGUGUAUCUGAAAUAGACGACACCGCCCCUCCGACAACCCCCCCCGUUAGACUCUUUGUGAGAGGCCUGACUCACAUCUAGGGAGAACUGGACUCAGUCUUUAUGGAAGGGCUAUCCAGGCCUCUCCUGUGUCAGCAAUAACAGUCCUCAGUGGAGUGAAGGGAUGGGUGGGGUAAGCGAGGUGUCUCACAAACCAAAGGACCACCUCGAGGACAGUGCCUGUAGCUGUCAACCGAAACUCCAUAUCCCAGCAUGCUUGGCUCAUGCUCACCCCACCAACACGCCACAUUUCUUACCCUACAAACAGGUGAAGAUGCAGGGAGGAUUGUGGGCACGUUAAGUUCAAUGCAAGCCUCUUUUUUAAGCGUCAUAGUUGCUGUCCUGAACAUUCAUAACGUAUACUGUCUAUGUGACAGGUUGCUUUUAAUGUAUCUCCGAACCAUAAAUCCCUUUGCAACAGUCCCAUCUGAUAUCAUCAACUGGUGACAGCCUGAGGGCUCAUGUACCAUUGACACAGGACAGAGGUGGACAGUGUUAUGGCCUACUGUUCAGUACCACUAUGGGCCAAUCAGCCCACCCACUAACCCCUUAAGGUGGACCAGGACAAAGUGGGAUGACUUGAAAAAAAAGACAAGGAAGAAUGUGUUUGAGGGCUGAUUCAAAUAGUACUGCCUUAAAAUAACGUAAACUUCCAUUUCAGUUAAUGGGAUGGAACAACAAAAACCCGAUUUGUAACCGUUUCAUUAUUUU